AUGGAGUGCUUCGGCGGUCGUUUCCGUCGGGGUACGACUGCCUGCACAGCAGCGACCGAUCAGCGACGCAACCGAGUCUCGGACGCGCUGCUGCUGACCGCGAACAAGCUGAAUGUUGGUAACGAAUUUUUCUUCACGGAAUUUCAGCUCUGUGCGUUGGCAGCAUCUCUGGAUCACCUAGACGUCGUGCAUGACAUCAAGACUGAUGCAGAGCUGGCCUCCGCUGUCGAUACCAUUUUGUGUCCCGCGGUGCCGCCCUCGCUGCUGGUCCGCGCCACGCUCUUCGUAAUCUCUGUGCUCACACACUGGCUAGAUCUGAGCACCAUGACCGAUUCCCUCGUACAUAUGAAUUCCGAAAACCUCGACCUUCUUGCUGGUGCAGAGAUGGUUCUUGAUCUCGCAAGCAUCGGCCCGGGCUUACUGGAGAGCUGCAGAAGGCUGAUGAAGCUGCGGACCGCCUUUGCUAUUCACGAUACUGGCGGAAGCGUGGACGAUAUGGACAACGGGGAUGAUGGCGUUGACGAGCGAUAG